GGCGGAGUGAUCUGCUGUUGUAAACGUCCUGACGGGAGACAGACAGCGGGGAUCGAUCGAUAACAAACCAGAGUCGGCGAAAUAUUAUGACUGCAAUAAUAGGCAGCUAGCUGGCUUCUUAUCAUUUAUAAGCCAGAAUCACGGGCGAGCAAAUCCAAACAACCAAGACCAUGGACAGAAAAAGUGUACCUGUUAAGCGCAUCCUCAACAAACCCCAGAUAGUCCGUAGUCUGGGAAGCAACCUUCACGUGAAUGUGAAUCCCAGCCACGCCAUUGCCGGACGGACACUCCUGGCCAAAGUGCAGCGCAGCAGGCACAAGCAUUAUUAUGACAUCAGCCAUCAAAUCAAGGCCAAGCCUGACUUAAACACAACACUACCAGUUCGACAGACGGCAUCCAUCUUCAAACAACCGGUGACAAAGGUAACAAAUCAUCCCAACAACAAGGUGAAGACAGACCCGCAGAAGGCUGUGGACCAACCGAAACAACUGUUCUGGGAGAGGAAGCUGAGCGGGUUAAACGCAUUUGAUAUCGCAGAAGAGCUGGUGAAAACUAUGGAUCUUCCCAAAGGCUUACAGGGUGUUGGGCCUGCAUGUUCAGAUAAAACACUGCUGUCUGCCAUCGCCAGUGCCCUGCACACCAGCCCCGCUCCUGUCACUGGACAGCUCACCGCUGCGGUGGAGAAAAAUCCUGGAGUCUGGCUCAACACGUCACAACCUCUCUGCAAAGCCUUUGUAGUGACUGACGAUGACAUCCGGAAGCAGGAAGACCUGGUGCAGAAUGUGAGGAGGCGUCUUGAGGAAGCCCUCACAGCUGACAUGUUGGCUCAUAUAGAGGACACUGGUGCAGAAGCAGCAGCCAACAAAGUAGACGAGAAGGUUGAGCAGGUGGAAAAGGAGGAAUUAUAGCCAAGGCUUGUUGGACAUGAAGUUUGCUGGUAAACUCCUUCCAUUUCAAAAUAAUUGGCUCCAUGAAUAUUUUUUAUACACUUUUAACUGAAAUAGACCCUAAAUGCAGACAUUCUGCAGAUUUUGUUAACCUAAACAAAGACUGUUGUUUUGUUUUUUGUUUUUGGAAAUGUUUCUCUUUUUUUUUUCCUUCUUUUUUGUUUUUACACGUGACCGUGUAAUCUUACAAGGGUGCUUUUGAGUUUCAGUUCAUGUUUACCUCUACUAAUAUAUGACAGUUACAGAUGGUGGUCUAUACAAUGCAGUGUUACAUUUAGUUAACAGCGGUUCAAGCUCAAAGUUAAUAACACAAACCUGAUGUAUGUGACUGAUAAGUGUGUGUGUGUGUGUGUGUGUGUGUGUGUGUGUGUUUUUGAAUGUACCAGUUCAUGUUGGAAAAACCUAUCAAGUGUAUUUCUUUUUUAACUGUUCUUCCAGAACAUGUUGCUCUUUUAUAUUUUUCUCUGGCACUGUAGGUAGUGUGUUUUUAUGUUUGGAAGCAUAGAAAGGUUGCAGUAUGUUUACAUGUAUACAGCCUCUCUUUGGCUGUGAAUAUUAAAAUUUAGCUUUAUAGUUCAACGUAGUGUUAUUUCUCAAAAUAACCUCAGUUUACAUGGUUUUGAAGUUUAAGUCAUGGUAUUUGUAUUAAUCAGUAUUGUUUUGCCAACUACAGUUUGGACAGUAACAGAAAAAGUGAGUGCCCUCCAGAAAAUACAAUAAGAACGCUGAUGUACCUCAUAACAAGAUGUACUGUACCUCAUUACAAGAUUUAUUAUGUCUCUUUACCACUGUGUCACUGUCAAAUAAAUGCAGCUCUUGUA